GCUAGAUGUUGUGGCAGUGUGUGUGUGUGUAUGAGUUUGUAUGACAGGCCUUUGUCUCUGUCAUGGAGCUGUAACAGUAUGACAGAGGUUAGGUGUGUAUAGGCUGCCUUGUGGUAUAAAAAGCAAAGUGUGACAGGGCAGAAAAAGUUUGAAAAGUCAGCCAACCAAAGUGUCUAGAAUUGGACAGGUGAAAGUCAGGGAUGGGGACAAUUCCGAACGACAUUAGAAGACUUUUGGACGACUGUGAGGUGUUUAUAUCAGACAUCCUUCAAAAUGAAGACCUCAGUGAACUUGCUCAAGAGUCACGGAAAGUCUUACUGAAUAACUUCAGGGUUGUCCAUGGAAGAAACCCUCAGGAGUUUCCCAUCCCAUACUCAGCGGAUGAAGACGGUUCUGAUGACAACCGCAGCUCCAGUCUGGGUCGCUCUGCCCCAUCUGACGACGCUUCAGUAGCCUCUGACUACCAGGAUGAUGGGGGCCCUGAGUACUUUGGGGACAUCCCCUUUGUGGCUGCCCAGGACCUCAGCAACAUCUUGAAGCAAGGCUACUUGGAGAAGAAACGUAAAGACCACAGCUUCUUUGGCUCUGAGUGGCAGAAGAGAUGGUGUGUCCUGAAUAACUCAAUAUUCUACUACUUUGGGAGUGAAAAAGAUAAACAGCAAAAGGGUUCCUUUUAUAUAAACUACUACAGUGCACAGCUGGUUCCCAACCUGAGAAAAGACACCAAGAAAAAUUGCUGUUUUGAGCUCAUUGCACAUGGACGGCGCUCAUUCCAGUUCACUGCCAGCAGCCCUCAAGAGGCCAGAGAAUGGGUGGACCAAAUCAAUUUUGUACUUAGAGAUCUUAGCUCCAGCCUCAUUCCUUUCGAUGACGAUGAAGAGGAGGAAGAGGAGACCUAUGAUGACAUUGAGGGGGUGACUGGCCCUCCCCCGCCAGGGCCCGGUGCCGCCCAGGCCUCUCAGAGCCGCAAACGGGAGUCGGAGGAGGUCGACGAGGAGGAUGAGGAUAUCUACGAGGUGCUGCCAGAAGAGGAUUUUCCAGAUCAUAUGGAUGAGAGCAGUGAGAAGAACAACAAACCAGCUUGGUCAUCAGAUUACGCUAACUACUACCAGGGUUUAUGGGAUUGCGAGGCCGACGAGCCAGAUGAGCUGUGCUUCCACAGAGGGGAUCUCAUCUACAUCAUCAGCAAGGAGUACAACAUUCACGGCUGGUGGGUCGGCGAGCUGAACGGCACUGUGGGUAUCGUCCCCAAGGACUUCCUGCACCCUGCUUACAUCCUCUAAGCUCCAGAGCUGCCGCUGUUGACAAAGCCAGCCAGGAAUUUCACAGACAGGCCUGUCAGUCCAUCUUUUCAACUUUUUUGAAAAUUAUUUCCUCAUAAGACGGUAAAUUAUAUCAUGUAAAUGUGCAGCAGUUGAACUCAUUUCUAUACACUAUAAAUCAUUUGUAAAGCAUCCUGUCUGAUGUGCAAACUAGAGAUGAGACCAAGAUAGAGACCACAAUUUUGAUAAUUGAUAAAUAUUAAUAUAAUAUUAUUUAGCAAGAAAAAAACAAACAUUCUCUGGUUGCAGCUUCUGAAAUUUGAGUUUUUUUUUAUUAUAAAUUUAAUAAAACUUUUUAUAGAGAAUUUAUUGUAAUACUAUAUAAAUGUACUAUUUUCUAUCAUUUAAUGGACAAAACUAUUUGACCAGUUUAUCAGAAAAAUAACAUUUUGAUAGUGAAAAUAACUGUUUACUUGCAACCCUGGUACAAACUGAAUUAUCUUUGUUGACUGAUGCAUUUAUUGAUUCACCUGAUGAAAUUAUCAAUAUGUAGAUUGUUUGUGAAUUGUAAAUGAUUUUUUGUCUUGGCCUAGAAGUUGUUUCAUCAAUGACAUACAAUUAAAAAAAAUCAGCAGAUGUUAUGUACAAUAUGUAAAACAUUUUAAACUACAUAAUGUUUGGAGUAUGAGAGGCAUCUUAAAAAUAUAAUUUACUGCUUGUGUUUGCUCUUUCAGUUGAAAUUCAGUGGUUAUUAAACUCUUUCAUUUUCACCCACUAGGUGGCAGGAUUGCUCCAAUAUGUUGUCUUAAAACCAUGAGAUAGGUUGGAUAAGCAAAUAUAUCAAAAUCUGAAGAAAAAUGCAGAAAUAAACAGUCACAUGUGACAUGGUAAAGAAGAAAAACUAUUUAUUUGAAAUGAAAUUAUUAGAUGAUAGUUUGAACGUUUACACGGACACAUCACUCAGGUUGUUAUCAUUGCCCUUGUAGAUCCAUGUUAUAAAAUAGAGGUCUCUGUAGAAGCAGGGUUUUUGACUCUGAACAUAAAACAACUUUUUAAAAGCAACUCAAGUUUGCAAAAAAUACCUCAGGUGCUCAUUUACAGUGUAGACAGAUAGCAAAACCCAGAACUAUACAAUCCGACGACAACAGUAGUUGCUAUGACAGUUUAAGAUUAAUGAAAGUCUACAGUCAGAGUUGACAUGGAAACACUGAUCAUCAAUUCAACACGGCUAACUUUGCCACAAAAACAUGUAAAGGAUCAUGUCUUUGUGAAAUGAUACAAUAAACUGUGGGUCCCUUUUUAAAAGCAAAAA